GCCGCGCCGGGAGCGGCCGGGGGGAUGCGGCGGCACCCGCGGCUGUCGGGACCUCCCCAGGCGCUGGGGGUGCCGUGGCUGCCGGGACCAGCCCGGCUGUCGCUCCGUGCCUCUCCGUGGCCAUCCUGCCGCAGGAAGCGUGGUUCUGCAGGAUGGAGCCAAGGGGAUGGACAGGGGCUCGUACCGGUGUCUGUUUCCGUGCGAAGCAGAGGCCUGGUGAGACGCUCGGUUGCAAACAGAGGGGACAAAGGGCAGAGGCAGUGUGGGUGCUGAGACAAGACCGUGCGGGUGCGGGUGCUGAGACGGUGGACAAGAGCCAGCCAUCCGCUGAGGGCACGGUGUGCGCCUGGGGGAGCUGUAAACCGGUGGGAAAACGAGGGACGGGCCUUGCGGGCGGGACAGGGGAUAAAAGCCCAAUGUACGUAUCGGGUGUGCCUAAGGGCUAGGACACCCGCUCUUGCGAGAACGCCCAAUAAAAGUGCUCCACUGCAGCGUCUGACCCGAGUGUGCCACGGCAAAGUUUGUCUCUUACAGCGAGGAGGCAGCCGCGGGUACCGCAGCCAUCCCCAGCCGUGGGAGGGAGGCUCCAGCCCCCAGCAUCCGGCACCUGACGCGGAGCUCGGCGGGUGAGGAGCUCUCCCCGAGGGCUGUGAGCUGGGGAAAGGCCGCUGCCGCCUGCUGCCAUGCGGAGGGGAAGGGCGCUGGGCGCCUGGAUGCUGCUCGCCAGCCUGGCCGUGGCCAGCUGGGGCAUCCGAGGACAGAAAGUAAUUGUGAAAGAAGUCAGUAGGAAGGUGUUUCUGCAGUGUGCAACAGACAAACCAACGCAAAUCAUGUGGUGGAAAGAUGGGAAUAAUAUAGAAAACAAGACGCAGCUGGACUUGGGUGCAAUUUACAGUGAUCCCAGAGGAGUCUAUGUGUGUGAAAUAGAGGGUGGAAAGAAAAGCUCUCCCCUCCAAGUGCACUAUCGAAUGUGCCAGAACUGCAUCGAAGUGGACGCUCCCACCAUAUCGGGGAUCGUGGUGGCAGACGUCAUUGCCACCAUGCUGCUGGCGGUCGCUGUGUACUGCAUCACCGGGCACAAGGGACGCCUGUCGCGAGCUUCUGACAGGCAGAACCUAAUUGCCAACGAGCAGCUCUACCAGCCCCUCGGCGAGCGGAACGAGGGUCAAUACAGCCAGCUGGCACCAGCCAGGGCCCGCAAGUGAGGAAGGGAAGACGCUGGGGCCUGUGACUCCUUCACACUGGGAGUGAUACUACAGCAAAGCCACCGCCAGCACCCCAAGAGCACCAGUACCCUGCCCUGCCCUGCCUUCAUAAGCUCACUGCAGGCAGAAGACAGCGCGGGUUCCUGCCUGGAGAGCCCACCAGCUCCCUGCCAGGAAGGGCUGCCUGUAGCACUUGUGACCCCUUGCAGUUGUGACUUUUAAUCUCAUUAAAAGUG